UCAUGAAGCUUCUGACCAUAAUCACCAUUUCUGCUCUUUCUCUCUUCUUAUUCAGUCCUGGUGGGAUGUGUGAGAAGAUAAUUGGAGGUAGAGAGGUUGCUCCACAUUCAAGGCCUUACAUGGUCUAUCUUAGUGCUGACUGUGGAGGCGCUCUGAUUAAGGAGAAAUGGGUCCUGACAGCAGCACACUGUUACAGAAAGAACGGUAUGUAUGCAAUACUUGGAGCUCAUUCUAUUAAUGGAAAUGAAAAGGAACAGCAAAUGAUUGAUGUAGAAGAGCAAGUGAUCCAUAAACACUAUAACAGCUUAACCCAGGCUAAUGACAUCAUGCUGGUAAAGUUGAGCAAAAAAGCCACCAUCAAUCAGUAUGUACAGACACUUCGACUGCCUACUAAAGGGGUACAUCCUGGAGCAGGAACCAUCUGUAGGAUCGCAGGAUGGGGGAAAACUGAAUAUAAUGGGAACCCAGCCGAUGCACUUCAAGAAGUUACUGUCAAGGUUAUAAGCAAAGAAGAAUGUAAUGGAAGAGAUUCUUACAAUGGCAAAUUAACAACAAGCAUGAUGUGUGCUGGAGAACGAUACAAGGGAGGAAAGGAUGUCUGUCAGGGUGAUUCAGGUGGUCCACUAAUAUGUGGUGAUACUUACACAGGCAUUGCUUCAUUUGGUGUUCAAUGUGGGAAGAGAAACUUUCCAGGAGUCUACACUCGCCUCAGUGACGAUUAUCUAGAUUGGAUCAAGAGAGAAACAGAAUACUGAAUGAUUUUGGUUUUGUUGUUUUUCAAUCGCAGGAAGUGAUUUUUUUUUUUAGUUUAUGCAACAGAUUUCAACUACAAACAAGCUCGAUUUAUAGUGUCACAUAGAGCUUAAAUGGACAAACAUUAUUCUCUAUAAGCCUCCAGAUCAUAAUGCCUAAGAAUUAAGACCAGCACAUCUUCAUUUAGACAAAAACACUCAAAAUUUGAAACAUGAUUAUUAUUGAAAAAUAACUACUGUUAAAAUAAAACAUGAAACAAUACACUUAUCUCACAAUGCAAUUCAUAUUGUGAUUCAGGCUUCACAAUACAAUAUCCUCACAAUGUGAAAUUUCCAUAAAAGAAAUGUAUGUUUAGUGUUACUUAUUAUUACACAUUCAUAAAUCAUAACAUUGCAAAAUAACUUAAAAUUUGUACACAAAUGCUUAUGCUUUAAUGAAAGUUUCUUUUUCUUAAAAUAAUCUUAAAUAUUUACAUAAAGUAUUUGAACUGCAGUAUUAUAUCAUGUAUUGUAUGUUAAUUAGCACAUUCAAGUAAGAAUUUCACUGUAUGCUGUACAUGAGACAAUAUCGACCUUAUUUAAUCAAAUUUAAAUGUAUUGUUUUGUUUUCUGGGUUAACAUCAAACUCUUACAAUGGCUGUCCUCUUAUUUCCCUCUUGAAUUCCUUACUCUCCCUGUUAGCUGUGGGUUCAGACUUGAUCUAUGAAGAACUUUUAAUGUUAUCUUUUUUUCAAUAAAAAUGAGAUUGUCAGCUGUCUGCAUGAAGCUCUGAGCUCUCCUCAGUAUCUCCUGCAGCUGAACUCACUCACUCACUGGCUACAGACGUAGCAGGGACAGACGUGUGAUUUGAGCAGAAAAGCAAGCUUUGGGAAUUCGUCUGCGUUCUCUCUCAAUGCUAGAGGACUGUUUGGAGCAAUGCUGUAUAGUUCCUCCUUGCUGUAAUCUACCCCCACUCUGAAUCGGUAUUGAUGUUUCGAGCACUCGUACUCACAUCUGUGGCUUGUGAGAGCUGCCGUUUGAGUGUAUCGCCUAAGAACUGCUCCAGUACUAUGAUAAGUUAAUACUUUGCCAGUCCCAAUACAGUUCAGUUUGAAAACAAUCCUGUGGAUUCAGUGGUACAUUUAAGGAACAAUGUUGCAAUUCAAUGUACUCAUCUCAGGAUGCGACUCAAUAAAUUAAGUGUGUGUGCAAAACACGUAAUUACGGUUCAAGUCCACUUUCAUGUGCGGGGAUGCCUCUGUUGUGCAUGCACCACCAUCAAGAUGGUGACUGACGAUUCUGUCAAAGUGCAGUCAGUUCAAUUAAAUUGUUAAAUUCCGAGCUUUCAGUGGAAGACAUUUUCGUUUGUCUUCGUUUCAGUCAUGUGGUAUGUUGUAAACACACAAUACAAGGCCACAUUUCAUUAUGGCAGUAUUUUGUAUCUCGAAAUUCAAUACAACAAAAUUUUGUCUUGUGCCUACUGAAAAUAGAUCAUCUAACCACUUUAAGAAAUAUAUGUGAGGCUUGUAUCAAAUGUAAUGUGCUCAUUUAUUUUAUGGUUUAAUAAAGAUAGAUAGAUAGAUAGAUAGAUAGAUAGAUAGAUAGAUAGAUAGAUAGAUAGAUAGAUAUG